UUAGACAACAUCAAAGUAUAAGAAUCUAUUAUCGAUAAAAGUUUUACAUCAGAAGCCAUGGCAAUAGAGCUCUUACUCGUCCUAACCCUUCUUGUAGGGCUCUUGGUCUCAACCAUAUUGUUCUCCGCCUUCCAUUCAAAGCUCCCACCAAGCCCCAUAGCCUUACCGAUCAUCGGCCACUUCCACCUCCUUGGCCCCAUCAUCCACCAGUCUCUCCACAAGCUAUCCCUUCGCUACGGGCCCUUAUUUUCUCUCCGCCUUGGCUCAGUUCCAUGCAUCGUCGCCUCCACACCGAAGUACGCAAAAGAACUUCUCAAAACCAACGAACUCUCUUUCACUUCACGCAAGCACACCAUCGCCAUUGACCGUCUCACGUAUAACUCUUCCUUUGCAUUUGCACCCAACGGACCCUAUUGGAUCUUCAUGAAGAAGUUGAGCGCAAACGAGCUCCUUGGCAGCCGUACUGUCAACGCCUUUAUUUCGCUUAGAGAGAAAGAAUAUCUUCGGCUCUUAAGAGUUUUGGCCGACAAGUCUGAGGCCGGUGAGGCUGUUAAUGUUACCGAGGAGUUGUUGAAAUUGACUAAUAAUAUAAUUUCUCAAAUGAUGCUUGGUCGGGCCGAGGAGGCUAGGGCUGUGAUACGUGAAGUGGUACAGAUUUUUGGAGAGUUUAAUGUCUCUGACUAUAUAUGGUUUUUCAAGCGUUUGGAUUUGCAGGGAUUUGGGAAGAGAAUUGAAGACAUUCAUAGGAGGUUUGAUGCUUUGGUGGAGAAGAUUAUUACAGAACGCGAAGAAUUGAGGAAAAAGAAGGAAAAUGGAGAAAGAGAACGUGAUGGUCGAGAGCAUCAAGUGAAGGAUUUUAUGGACAUUUUGCUCGAUUUUUCGGAGGACGAAAAUUCGGAGAUAAAAUUGACCAGGGCUCAUAUCAAAGCCCUGAUUGUGGAUUUCUUUGCAGCAGGUACAGAUACAACAGCAAUUGCAACCGAAUGGGCAUUAGCAGAGCUUAUCAACCAUCCAAUGGUGCUCGAAAAAGCUCGUAAGGAGAUCGAUAAUGUUGUCAAGAACAGUAGAUUAGUCCAAGAAUCAGACGUUCCAAAUCUUCCAUACAUCAAUGCCAUCAUAAAGGAAACAUUGAGGCUUCACCCACCAUUGCCUAUGGUCGCAAGAAAAUGCAUAGAAGAUCGUAGGAUUGGAAGCUAUGUCAUCCCAGCAAACAGUUUGCUAUUUGUGAAUGUAUGGGCCAUUGGAAGAGACUCCAAUUACUGGAAAAACCCAUUGGACUUUGAGCCUGAGAGAUUCUUGCCGAAGGAGGGUAUGGGCAUGAUCGAUGUUAGGGGACAACAAUUUCAAUAUUUGCCAUUUGGGUCUGGGAGGAGGAGUUGCCCUGGCAUAAAUUUGGCCAUGCAAGAGCUCCCAGCACUGCUCUCAGCUAUGAUCCAGUGCUUCGAUUUUAAGUUGGUCGGACAACGAGGUGAGAUAAUGGACGGUAAAAAUGUUGUUGUUAAUAUGGAUGAGGGGCCCGGAUUGACAGCUCCAAGAGCCCAUGAUCUUGUGUGUGUACCAAUAGCCCGCUUGAGCUCGCUUGAUAUCCUUCACCCAUAAGGAAUGCUCUACGUACUGUGUUUCCGUACAGUGUUUCCGUACUCAAACCCUCAUGCGUGGUUCAAUCCAUUGCUGCAUCUUUAUUCA